AUGUUUGGCAACACUGAACUGAUCCUAUCCCGCUCACCCCUACUCCCACACUACAAGCGAUUUCCUCCCCCUUCCCUCCCCCUUUCAACCCCCUUCCCUCCCCCUUUCCUCCCCAACACCUGUGACCUUGAUAGAGAGAGACAGAGAAGUGUCACCCCGCCAUCCCCCACGCUCAACCCCUUCCUUCUUAUUCUUACUCAAACCCGAGUACAGUUGUCGCAGCUAGUCUGGGCGCGCGGCCACGCUAGGGUGGUUGACAAGAUGGACAUAAGAAACUUUUUUAAAAACAAACGGCUCAAAGUUGAUGAAGAUGAAAACUCUUCAAAUCAGCCAAGUGAAUCACUUUCACUAGACAAGCAAGAUAUAGAAAGAAGCAUAGAUUCUCCUCAACCUCGACCAACACCAAACUUAUUCAGAACUGAUCCUUCUUCUGAUAAAAGUUCAAAUGAAGAGAGUUCGUGUCAUGGAAAUAUUGAUCAACUUGAUCCUGGUCCUAGUGUAUCAGGAAGUUAUCAAAAUCCCUCAGAUAUUGGUAGCUACACUGACAGAAGCAAAAUCGACAGUUUAAAUGACAGGACAAAAUACCUGCUCCUACAAAAUCCAUGGAAACCGGAUAAAACCUACAAUUAUAAGGCUGACGUUACUCCUGGAAAAAGACAAUUUCUGCAUGACUGGUUUAACCUCUAUGAAUGGAUGGCCUACUCGAAGAAUGAAAAGGGGGUGUUUUGCAAGACGUGUGUUAUUUUUAGACCUCGUGUCUCAAGAGGUUUACAAGGAGCUUUUAUUACCCGUCCAUUCACUAAUUACAAAAAGUUUCAUGAAUGUGCCAAAUCUCACAUGGCUUCUGAGUGGCAUCGCGAGUCUUCAGAAAAAGCAAGCAACUUUAUGUCGGUGAUGAAUAACAAGCAGCUUAGUGUCGAGGCUCAAGUGAACGACCAAGUUCAAACUGCUAUUGAACAAAAUAGAACCAAACUAAAGUCCAUUCUUUCAACAGUGAUUUUCUGUGCUACUCAUGACUUGCCACUCAGAGGAAAAACUGAUGAAGGUGCCGUGUUCAAUGAUCUUCUCCACUUCAGGGAGGAAUCCGGCGAUAAAGUUUUACAAGAACACCUCAAAACUGCACCAAAAAAUGCCAAAUACAUUUCUCAUGGUAUUCAAAAUGAACUUAUUGAUACAUGUGCCACAACAUUAAGAAGUGAUCUGGUUAGAAAAAUAAAAGAUAACGAGUUCUUCUCAAUUUUGGCAGAUGAAACCAUGGACAUAGGAGGAACAGAACAACUAUCCCUAGGUGUCAGGUACUAUAACAGAGAAGAAAAAAUCGUCAAAGAAGAGUUCCUUGGUUUUACUCCGCUUCAAAACGGGGUUGAUGCCGAAACGAUAGCAAAUGCUAUAACUGACACGUUGACAGGUUGGAAAUUAAACCUAGAAUUGGCUGUAGGACAAGGCUACGAUGGAUGUAGCACAAUGGCUGGAGAAAUUAGCGGUGUCCAUAAACGAAUAAGUACCAAGUUCCCAAUGGCUAACUUUUAUCAUUGUGCCAGCCAUAGGCUAAACUUGGCUAUCAACGAUGUAAGUGAUAUACCUCAAAUAAGAAACACUGUAGGAACCAUAAAAGAGGUGACUAAGUUUUUUAGGGAGAAUUCUGGAAGAAGAAGCGUAGUUGGGACUUUGCAGAAUUUGUGUGAGACCAGGUGGACGGAAAAGUACAAGUCCAUCCGAAAGUUUCGUGAUAAGUUUAUUGACAUAGUCAAUGGUCUUGAAACCCUUUCAAAAGAGGGAAACAAAGACACAAAACAAAAGGCCUUUCAGCUCUACUGUGCAGUUACAUCGUCAACAUUCGUUGUAAGUUUAGAGAUUGUGGCGAAGUAUUCGGCAACAUUAGAGACAGUUGCACAAAUGUUGCAAGGAGUUAACGUUGACUUGAUGCGUGUGGCAAAACAUAUUGAACGGCUAGUAGAUUUGUUUAAAGAAGACCGAAAGAAAGAUGAAGUCGUCUUCAAGGAUUUAAUGGCAAAUGUUGACACGACUACAGAAGUUUUAGGCAUCUCUUUGACUAGGCCUCGCACCAAUACUAAACAAAGCCACCGCUCUAAUGUACCAUCAGAAAGUGUAGAGGACUACUACAGAAAAUCACUGUUCAUCCCCUAUUUAGAUUACCUCAUCCGAGCCCUAAGUGAAAGAUUCUCAAAAAAGAACCAGACUUCGUUUGAGUUGUUUAACCUCCACCCCUUAAAGAUGAAGGCGAUGACGAGGACAGAAUUUGAAAACUCUCUGAACGACAUUCUUGUCACUUACAGCAAUGUUCUGGACAACUUUAAGAUCGAAGGUCUUUUGUGCAUUUUUGCCAAGUGUUAG